GCAGGGGGAGGGUAGUCAAACCUUCCAUGAUUGAAUCGUGAGCACUGGUUUGUGGUAUGAUGCUGGAAAAAUGCUGCUUGUUAUGCCUUUCAUGGCUAACAAUUUUGGUCAAGCAGAUUCCUGACUGUGCAUCGACCCUCUCCUUGAAGCGAGGCGGGCCUUUCGAUCGCUCUGCUCUCCUGAAUGAGGACUUCAUCGCUAAUCAGAGGGCUGUCAUUCUCCUUUGAUGCAAAUGAAACACAAGAGCUUGCAGAUGAGGUACUGAGCGUAAGCCAAGAAUUCAUUGCCCCAUCCAGUAUUUCGUUUCACCACCUUUCUGGCUGAGUCAGCCUACCUGAGGUUUGAACCGUGCCUUUUUUGGUGGGUUUUGUGGUUUUGUUGGUUUGGUUGGUUCGGUUUCGUUCUCUGGCCGGUUCAAUUCUCCUUCUUUACUAGCUUAAGGUGACUUGUGCAUAACCUGCACACACAGCGCCUCGACUCGUGCAAAAAAAAUCUUUCAGCUCCAGGGAGUGGGGAAGACCAUGGUCCCGGUCUUACACGCUGUCACCCGCCCAGCUUCGCGCCUCGGACGAUGGCUCUUUCGUGGGAUGCGGUUAGAGAGCACGGCUGGCUCCAUUCGUUCAGUACUGGGGCAAACCAGCAUCGAAAAGAGAGCGACAUCGCUGUCCCCCUUCAGUACUAGUACCUCUCAGAUCGAUCCUUUCGUCGCAGUGUGGAAAACAGACCGACCACCGACCCUCCGCGCGCGCUGCUUUCGCGUUGUUUCGCCGUGCAGCGGCUGAAGCAGUCGGUGGAAGCUGUCGAUGGAAGGUUGGUCAAAGCGGUCGGGAUCCUGUUGUGUGGCUGAUAGCACUGUCUGAAGACAACAAAACAUGCCAGAAUCGGCCUGAGGAUCAAUUUUGUCAUGGUCCUGAUGGUGGGCAUCUUGGCUUCUUUCCAUGCAUACUCGGUCUUUCCCAUUGCCGAGAAUAGUGGCAGCUUCGCCAACGUCUUGAACGGCUUUCUGAAGAUUUUCCGCUUGGAACUCCUGGGCGACUUCGAAUUAGCUGAGCUUGAAGGCUUGGAUGAGCAGGUGAAAGGCAAAUUCAAACAUGGUGUCUUCGAAGGUGAGACAGGAAAUUUCAACCAUGAGAAGUUCCACACCUGGCUUUGUAUGGAGUUCAUGGCCAUGAGCAUCGUGUUCACUGUGGCGAUGAAUGUCUACAUCGGCCUCUUGUCAGAGCUUUACGACAAGGCGGUCGAACGGAAGAAUGGGCUCUACAACCACUGGUUGGCUUCGACGGCCUAUCGCUUUUUAUGCCGCAGCGUGUGUUUAUGUCGCUUUGGUCGGUGUGUGCCCGAGGACAAAGGGCCUGGGCAGCACCAAUCUGGGCUCAUGUGGUUUGCAUAUGAAGAGGAUCAUUUGCUUGACGUGGCCACUUGAUUUCAACAUCAGGUGCCCCCUGAAACAACAUGCC